AUCAAGCAAGAUAAUGAACCACUAACCUCAACGUAGUUUAUGCAACGGCCUUGCCAUAUGCGUUCUACGGGCACGCCUGCACUUUUUCCAAAGCUGCAAGGGGCGGCAUACAAUGAAUGCGAUCAAAGGUACAUUAAGAUAGCAUUGCGCACGUAUGUCGUCAUACCACACAUGCACUAUACCACUAGGACUAUUAUACGAAAGCAUGCGUUCCUAUAAAAGCGUAAUCGAGUCCGUUGAUCGACCAUAUCGCACCUGAGCUUUGAAGGGUCCACGGUACCACAAUGUUUAAAAUACUAGCUCUCCUCUGCGUGGUGGCGUGUUCCUCAGCCGCCGGGGUGCUGGCGCCCGUGUGGUCCCACGGGUCUCCGUACGCGUAUGGAGGAUACGGGAACCCCUACAGCAACUACCCGGCUCAGCCAGCCCUGGCUACGCAGCACCAGAACACUUACCGGUCGCCGUUCAAUCUUGGACAGAUAUCCACCUACUCCAAGACAGUAGACACCCCGUUCUCCAGCGUCAGCAAAUCAGACGUCCGCGUCAGCAACCCGGGGGUGGCCCUAGCUCCCGCGUACCACGGGAUCGCUCCUGCGUACCACGGCAUCGCUCCCGCGUACCACGGUAUCGCAUCGCCCGUGUACUCCCAUGUCGGUGUCGCUCCGGUCGCUAAGGUGGCAACAACUGGUCUUCUCGGCGUGGCCUACUCAGCAGCCCCAGCCGUGUCACACAUGACCUACACUAACGGCCUAGGCCUGGCCUACGCGUGGUGAAAACGGAACUCCAGUCAUCAGCCAAUCAUGUAGGAUAAAUUAUUUAGUUAUUUAAGUCUCAGCAGUCAGUGAUUCCUCUGUAUUUAUUACCUGUUAAGUUGUAACGUGUGUGCCAUUCUUUUUGUAAUAAAGCUGUUUAAGUAAUUAA